UAACAUAGUCAGUGCAGUAAAGUAAUCUUCGCUAAUUUGAAAAUGAUUAUCUACUGUCAUUAAUGCUAUCUAACUUAUCGGCGUUAUCAACUUUCUGAUAGUCGUCAAUAAUUAUUUUCAUAAAGCAUACUGAAGUCAUUUAUUUUGUUGUAUUCGUAAGCAAAAAUAAGAAAAAUUGUCAUGACAUGUUCUAUUACCUUAAAUAGUGAUUCCAUUGGAAACUUUUAUGCCGGUGAUGUUGUGACUGGGGUCGUUGUUUUGGAUUUGAAGAAUGACCAGAAGUUGGAAAGUAUUGAUUUCAAAGUCAGCGGCGUCAGCAAGGCCAAUUGGUCGAGAUCCGCGCCGACGAUACCAUACAUCAAAAUUUACUCCGAAAAGAAGAAAGUUCUGAGUAUUCUUAUACCCAACAUAUUUAAAGAUAGUGUUAAAAAUAACAUUAUGCCGGCCGGCAUCUACACGUACCCGUUCCACUUUGCUCUGCCAGCAGACUUGCCGUCGACUUUCGAAAGCUCUAUUGCAAAAGUCGCAUACUACAUCAAAAUUAAAAGUAAGCCGGCAUUCAAAUUACGGAAAGCAGUGCCCUUCACUGUUUUAGGAAACGUUAAUUUAAACCAUGUGGAUGAAAUUUUGAUGCCCACAUUUUACGAUUUUAGUAAGACCUUUCGCAAAUCUGGAAGUUUCAGAAUAUGUUUUAAGACUUAUAGAGGAUUCGCGCCGAGACAAACGAUACCCUUCGAAAUAACAAUAGUUAAUGAAAAGAAAGUAAAAAUUCGGAAAAUAAUUGUAACUCUGAUCCAGAAAUUGCGAUAUAACGUGCAAGCUGGAUACGCCGAGGAAGAAAGGAAAAUGUGUCAUGUGCAACACAAAAACUUUUCCCGGAACAUUGCCGAACUAUGUUUCUUUAAUAUGGAGAUACCUCAAUUAAUCCCAUCAAGCUUAAAUACACUGAAUCCUAUGAUAGACGUAUCUUAUAUAUUUAGAGUUGAAGUAAUAUUCCCUUUCCAUAUGAGCUUGCAAGGAGACAUACCGGUCACUGUAGCUACUACGCCAGUGAUUCAUUACGAAUUUGAUUAAAUAUACUUCAUAAGAAAACAUAUAGACUUACCCAAGAAAUGUUUAUAAUAAGGAAUUUUUUUUUUACCUGGUUAACAAUAAAUAAUGCAGCUAAUAAAUAUACCUGAGGAUAC